UUAAUUCAAGAAGAUUGUAAUUACAAAAUUGAUAAAUAUUAAAGAUAGAAAGAGAAUAAUUAAUAAUGGAAGCUUGGAUUCGAGCUUUUGUUUUAAUUUUGUUGUUUCCAACAUUUUCAGAGGCUGUGGUUAGGCAUUACACCUUCAAGGUGGUCAUGAAGAACUAUACAAAGCUUUGUUCCACCAAGUCCAUUGCAACAGUCAAUGGCAAAUUCCCAGGACCAACCCUUCGUGCUAGAGAAGGUGAUAAUGUUCUUAUCAAUGUCAUCAAUAACAUCAAUAGCAAUGUCACUAUACAUUGGCAUGGUAUUCGACAACUCAGAACAGGAUGGUCAGAUGGUCCAGCCUAUAUAACACAAUGUCCGAUACAGCCUGGUCAAAGCUAUCUUUACAACUUCACCGUGACAGGGCAAAGGGGCACACUUUUAUGGCACGCACAUAUAUCUUGGUUAAGAUCAACUCUACAUGGAGCCAUUGUUAUUUUGCCUCAGAAAGGCACCCCAUAUCCUUUUCCAAAGCCUGCCAAGGAAAAAAUUAUUGUGUUAGGGGAAUGGUGGAAAGCAGACACAGAAGCAAUAAUUAAUCAAGCUACACAAUCUGGUAUGCCACCAAAUGUGUCUGAUGCACAUACAAUGAAUGGUUACACAGGACCUGUUCGAGGUUGUUCAGUCUCUUCUAAGGGUACAUACACGUUACAUGUUGAUCAUAACAAGACUUAUUUGUUACGUAUUGUCAAUGCUGCAAUCAAUGACGAGAUUUUCUUUAAAAUCGCUAGUCACAAAUUUGUGGUAGUAGAAGUUGAUGCAAGUUACACGAAACCCUUCACUACGGAAACCGUCUACAUAACUCCCGGUCAAACUACUAAUGUUCUUCUUAAGACGGAUCAAUCCCCUUCAGGGAAAUAUUUAAUUGCUAUGUCCUCGUUCAUGGACGCACCUGUAGCAGUUGAUAACAUAACAAAUUACGGUCUCUUGCGUUACAAGGGAGGCCACCUUGGCUCACCUCUCGCCCUCACCUCAAUGCCACUUAUAAACGCUACACAAUCUCAACUAAAAUUUAUAAAUUCUCUCCGCAGUUUAAAUUCGAAAAAAUACCCUGUAAAUGUCCCUUUAACCAUUGAUCAUUCCCUUUUUAUGACCAUGGGUGUUGGGGUUAACCCUUGUGCAACAUGUCUAAACGGUAAUAAACUCGUGGGUACACUUAACAAUAUCACAUUUGUUAUGCCGACUAUCGGAUUACUCCAAGCUCAUUAUUAUAAAAUAAACGGAGUUUUUACCGAUGAUUUUCCAGCUAACCCUAUUACGACUUUUAACUACACUGUAGCAAAUUUUACAGGCGGUUUAGGCACGUUAAAUGGUACUAAGGUUUAUAGUUUGCCUUAUAAUUCUAGUGUACAAGUUGUGUUACAAGACACUAGCAUCAUUGCACCUGAAAGCCAUCCAGUUCACUUGCAUGGAACCAAUUUCUUUGUUGUUGGAAUGGGGAUUGGGAAUUAUGAUGCUAAUAAGGAUCCUAUGAACUUUAAUCUUGUGGAUCCAGUUGAAAGGAACACCAUUGAUGUACCUACUGGUGGAUGGACUGCUAUUAGAUUUCGAGCUGAUAAUCCAGGUGUUUGGUUCAUGCAUUGUCAUCUAGAGGUACACACUUCAUGGGGAUUAAAGAUGGCAUUUUUAGUAAAGGAUGGUGAUGGUCCAAAUCAGUCUAUUAUUCCACCUCCUAAAGACCUACCUAAAUGCUAAUCACUAAAUUAUAAGAUUAUUUCUUACUUUAAAAAAAAAAAAGGUACCCAAAGAAUCUUUAAUGUUGGAUUCCUUUUGAUUAUUCUCAUUGGAUAGACAAGAUUCUUUGGAGAUUCUUUGAUACAACCCAAAAAAAAAAAAAAAAAAAAAGAUUUUGGAACUUUUGGGUGUAAUCAAGUUCAACAAUAAUGACUGAUGAUUUCUUGCAAGAGAUUUGGGUUUUGAAGUUCGAAGUGUCAAAGUAUCAGCUCCAAUGCUUUAGGAGAACAAAAUAAUGAAACUUGAAUAAGGCAGGCUUAUAUUAUGUAAUAAUGCUUUUUUUUUUUUAUUUUAGAUAUUUUAUGGUAAUUUAUGUAAAAUUUCUGCAAUGUUUUAUGAUCACACUCAACAGUUAUGCCUAAUUGUUUGCAAAUCUCUUUGC